UGAUAUCAAAAGUUUAACUAUUGUUUGUUAUAGUGUUAAAAAAUGUGGUCUUUAUUAGAAUUUCUGAUAUCACAAUUCACGUAGUAAUUUUAUCACCGAUCCUUAUCACAGGCAGUACAUACUUCUAACUGAGGAAUUUAAAACCAUAAUUUUCUCCUGGAUAUCACAAUAUCUACGUAAUAAUAAUUUGUUGAAUGUUGUAAAAGAAAGUAUAAGGAUGAAAAAAAUGUUAGUAAGUGGGGGAGGAAGUAGUUAGUCAGUAAUUUGUGUAUUGUUUGCUGUACUGUACUUUGUGAUACAGUGGACACUUUCUGAGUUACAUACAUACAUAUCUACGUAUACGUACGUACAGGAAAAGUCCGUGAAACUAGAAAAAAAGAACUCUAAAAUCGAAGAAGCAUACGUUCGUGAAGAUUCACGUUUAAAAUGUCAAUGAAUUUGCGUUCCUACGGGUAAUGGGGUAAUGAAUAUGUGUGAAAUUAUUACGUAGCAAUUGUGUUACUUUGGUGAUGCACAUAUUUUGGACUGGCAAGCACAACAAAUGGCUAUGACAGCAGUUUAAAGCCAGCAAUAUUUUCCGUUCGAUCUGUUGGUUCGAGAAAUCAUCUUUGUAAUGUUGUAGUUUAACAUCAGUUUACUUAUUUUCGAAAGUAAUCGUUUUGGACUAUGUUUUACAAUGUUCGAUUGAAAGUUUAGAACGUCAGCGGAUUUCCAUCAAAAUCCAAGUAUAUCUACAUUGCUAAAACAAGACUUUGUAACUUUCUAAUCGAAAUCAAUAUUCCAAUCACCUUGAGCACAUACAUAUUAAACAAAGCUUAUGAAUACCGAGAGAAAAUAAACCACGAAACAUACUGCAAAAUUGUAGUGGAUGUGAAUUAUUACUAUGUUGUGACAAAUCGUUUUACGGAUGCGACAUUCUUAAAUUUUAAUUUACACACAUUGCCCGUUAAAUGAAAAGUACUGACAUAGAUGGGCAGACAGAAGCAAGUAAAUACAGCUCUGCUCUGCAACUGUUAAUGAAAUCAACAUUGAUAAUCAGGGGAUGCCCAGCCUACAUUCGCUCGUCGUACGACGAGCUCCACUAAUGGAUAUGGGUACAGCUACCAGUUCAGUGACGUCUGUCAAUCCUUCUAACAAAGUUGCCAAUAAUCAGAAAAAAGUUGACAAGUCCAAUAAACUCACUGGAGUCCGAUUACCUCUGUUACGCAAAGAAGCAAGCGUUGUAAACCUUUCCCUCACUGAGAGGACUGCAGUAGGAAAAGGAGCAGAUGCUCCUUUACUCAGACCAGAGAGCAGUGCCAGCUUGAAAGCUCGUGGCAAUAGCUGGCUGAGCUUAGGCCCUGGAGUACUAAGAAAAUGUGAAACUGCUGUAGGAUUGAGUACUUCUGCCCUGGAAGGCAGGCCUAUAAAUCGAAGCAGAGUCUGUUCUCGCUGUUCCAGUUUGUUAUCAUUGGCAUCUAGUUCACGUUACAGUUUAGCCGCAGGCAAUUUUGUUCCUGCAGGUUCUCAGCCAGUGCUUGGAUGUAUUUUCUGUAAAUUAUGCCUUGUUGAUACUUCUCUUACUAAAAUAUUUAAAAUAGAAGGCUGUGGUUGUUCCUAUUGUAAAGAUUGUAUGAAAGCAUAUGUUGAAUUUGAGAUCGAUGAAGGUGCAUAUGAAAUAAGUUGUCCUGAUGCACAAUGUGAACAUGGAGCAAUACUUUCCAUUAAAGAGAUAUCAAGUCUCGUUAGUCCUGAAUUUAUGGAGAAGCAUCAUAAAUUCAGGUUGAACAGAGAUGUGUCUAUGGACAAAGCACGCGCUUGGUGUCCACGUGCAGGUUGUGAAACGAUAUGUUCUGUAAAUUCUACUGGAUCGCCAAUCGGACCUGUUCACUGUCCAAAUUGUUCGACAGAUUUCUGUUCUAUAUGUCGAGAGUCUUGGCAUAGCGGUCCCUGUUCAGAUAUCUCAUUAGGGAUACCGUUCGAUGGCGAUCACAUCAAAUGUUGUCCUAUGUGUUCGGUACCUAUCGAAAAGGACGAAGGAUGUGCUCAAAUGAUGUGUAAAAGAUGUAAACAUGUUUUUUGUUGGUAUUGUUUAGCUUCUUUAGAUGACGACUUUUUAUUACGACAUUACGACAAAGGACCGUGUAAAAAUAAAUUGGGUCAUUCACGUGCAUCGGUUAUUUGGCAUAGAACACAAGUUAUUGGAAUCUUUGCUGGAUUUGGAUUGCUCUUGCUCGUUGCAUCGCCAUUACUUUUAUUGGCCGCGCCGUGCAUUGUAUGUUGUAAAUGUCGUGUAUGUGGAUCAUCUAGGCUUGAACAAGAGGAGGGUGAUACUACUACAUAGAGAAACUCGAAACUUUUACAAUAUUCUUGUAAUUUUUUUCCAGUAUCAUAAACGAUUAGAAUAGAGUAUUUAAUUUGUGGACGUAAUUGGUAAUCUAUAUAGAUAUACAUUGAAUCAUAAAGAUGAACAAAUUUUAUUGCAAGGAUAUAUAUAUCUAUAUAUCAGAUAUAUUCUUAUUUUGUCUCAGUCAGUCGUAUGUUUUCGUAUGGUUAAAAACUAUUUACGUUAUCUUUACGUACUAUCUAUGUAUUGUUUACAAAUUAAUCAAUUUCGAUGGUACUCGUGUGUUUGUCCACACGAUGUAAUCGUUUUUAUGUAAAAAUAUCACGAUCAUGGAAAGAUACUUAAUAUCUAACUGACGUCUACUAAUACCUAACUGAUGCCACAUUAGAUACUGAAAGAUAGUAAACUUUUUUUUACUAUUAUCGAGUAAUACCACGUUCCCAUUUUAACACAUCUGUUACACUAAAUCAUGAACACUCAUAAUUCUUGUUUCUGACAUUCCAGAGAAUUAUGUUUUCAUUGGAUUAACUGCCACAUUCAAAAUUGACUUCAUUUUUUUAUUUUUUUUGUAAACCACGUACCAAAUAAUAGUCUGCCUUACGAUUUUUUUUAUACGUAACUAUUAGUACUUUCUGUAUAUUUACGUACUACCUUUUAGCAAUACUCAAUAUCGUUUCUACACACCUUUAAUGUGUUUCCCUUCGUCUAUUAACUGAAAAGAAAUUUAAUAAAUAUACCAUAAGUGUAAAUUACUAAGCAAUGUAUAUCUAUAUGUAUAUGUACGUAUGUUCUGAAUUCAGCAAAGCAAAGACACGCGUGUGCAUUAAAAAUUAUACGAAUCGUUGAUUACGUAACUUUGUUUCAUUAACAUGUUACUCUUCGUUUAUAUUGCUGAAUUAACUGUACGUAUAUUACUGUGUAAUUAUCGAUAUGAUUAUGUUCUAUCGAAUUUGAGAAGUGAAAUCUAAAUACUUGUAAAUUCUAUUACUAAUAUAUACUUAAUAUAUUUACUAACGAUAGACUUAUAAAUAUAAAUGGUUGAGCUGAAAGGAAAAGGAUUAUCUCCUGUGUGAUCUAUUUCUUCAAAUCGAUGAUAAAGUAAAAACGGAAGUAAUGAAAGCAGUAUGUUAAUUGUAACAUAUAAACAAUAAAAUCAAAUAACUUUAAAAAGCCAGGGAUAAACUGUUCAUAAACUUGGAACAUGUUACAAUAUGUAAUCUUAGUUCGUCAAAAUGCUCUUUUUGUUUCAUUCGAGAAAGACAUCUGCUUUAUAUUAUUAAUUUUUAAUUAUAAUUCUUAAUACAACGGAAUAAAAUACUUUGUUCACUUUACCUGUUUAUACAUGUGCGCGCAUGAAUAUCACGAGAUAUAUACACACACAGAAAUAAUGUCUAAUUGCAAUGUCUGAAUAAAUAUUCGUUAACAAUGAAAUAAUAAAUGAAAAA